UUCAAAAAUGACCUUGACCGGAGUUAUCUAUUUAGAAGAGGCUGCAUACGCUCACUCGAUUUUGAACAGUAAACUUUCAAAGUACUGUGAUGGGUGUUUAAGUAGUGUCUCUAAUCUUCGCUCAUGCUCCUCUUGUAAAUUGAUGAUGUAUUGUUCUCGCGACUGUCAACGCCGUAUGUGGCAUGUGCAUAAACUAGAAUGUAAACAGUACACUAAAUGCAGACGCUUACCAAUAGCCCAUGUCCGUCUUAUUUUGAGGAUCAUCUGUAUCAAGGUUCGUUUAUAUUACGCUUAUUAUUUUGUUGGAAGGACAUGAAGGACUACAUUGAUUCUCUUGUCUCACGUAAAUACUCGUACAUAUUAAUGUUUCUUCUAGAUGAAAACGAGAUACUUAGUAAUUCUGAUCUUAUGGAAAAGUAUCACACAAUGAGACUAACUCUUCAGGAUUUUUUGGACGGGGAAAUACCUGUAAAUGAGGAAACUAUUUUCCAAACCUUUUGUAGAAUUCAGAUUAAUAGCUUCAUGUAUACUGAUCAGGAUGGUGUGGAUGUUGGACCUGCUCUUUUUCUUAGAACUGCUCGUCUUGAUCAUUCUUGUGUUCCUGACAUGCACUAUGUAUUUUGGAAUCGUCGAAUUGUUUUGUGUAAAUACAGUUCAUCCACAUGUUCAUUAUUACCCCAUAUUAGUUACUGUGAUUGUAUGGCAACCACUGAAGAAAGACGAACUUAUCUGUUGAAAAACUAUUACUUUGAAUGUAAAUGUAGUUUAUGUGUAGACGCCAACCGUGAAAAAAGGAUUACAUCACUCAUUUGUUGUUCAUCUGACUGUUUAAGUGAACCAAUACAGUUUGAUAAUCUGCCUUCGUCAGUCAAAUUGAAGGAAUGUAAUAAUGAUAAACUACCAAAAUCUAUUAUGGUCCGUUACUGUUUUGUAUGUCUACAAGUCUACGAUGAUCGACUAAUAAAUCGAAUUGCAAAUAAUCUAUAUGGCCAAACUGAAGUCCAACCAGAUAUUGAUACAGCUCUAGAUGCGUUAAUCAUGUACUUACGUUGUUGUCAAAUUAAUGAACCUACACAAAAUAUCCAAUUGUCAUCAGUUAAGGAUAUACAAUUUGAAGAGUCUCGUCCUUAUUAUAAAUUAUUUGGUCAUAAAGACAGUUUACACUUAGCACGAUGUUGUUCUCGAAUUCAAUUUAUGCAUACAAUACCAAUAGAUUCAUUAUUGAAUAAUAUAAAUAGUCGUCAGCAAUAUAAUGAAAAGAAUUUCAAAGUUACUAAAGAUUCUCUUGUAAAUAUUAUAAUUGCUAGCAGUUUGAAUGAAUUCUACUGGAGAACUACUUGGCUAUUGUCAGAUUAUUUACCACUUGGUCGACUGGUUUAUUCAAUUGUCUCUUUCCUAUUACUGCAUAUAAAUGAUACUAGUGAAUUUUACAAUUGUAACCGAAUGAAUGAAAUCAAAAACUAUCUGAUGCCUCCAUACAAUAAAAACAUUAAUUUAAAUUGUCUAGGCCGUGUUCUGUGUAAAUUUUCAAAGAUAGCAUAUGAUGUAUUAAGUCCUCUAGCUCCUUAUCAUCCUAAUUGGCAAAAUGGUCUAAGCAUAAUCGAGUAUUAUAAAGCUCAAGAUAUUGAAGAUGAUGGUAUUGAUAAUAAUCAUUUGUAAUUAAUGUAAUUUAACAAAGUUUAUUGUGAAUAAUUUGGCUGCUCUAAUUCUCUGUGUACAAACUCUAUAAAGUGCUUUUUAAUCUUAAGUAAACGAUUUAAUUCUUUCGGUAUACAAUUUAUUUUGUAAAACUAUGUACUUACUUGAAUUAUAUUUUCUUCAGAUAGAUUGGACA